AUGGAUUUUAUUAACCAAACAACAGGAAGUGAACGCAUCAUUUUCCCAAUGUUUUUUGUAAACUCAAAACCACUUGCAGGAUAUGAUAACUCUAGAUCAGAGAAUGAAAUUGAAUCUCUUUUAAAAUGGGCAAGAAAGUUAUCAUUUAUUGAUGUUGAUAAAGUUGUAAAGAGGGACAUUUUCUAUGAAUCUGUUAUUCUAGAAGAGAAAGAUGAAGAAAUAAUCAUAAAUAAAACAAAAAGCAGUUUAACUAUUCAAAUCAACCACUUGACUAGGGAGAGAAGAAUUCCUUAUUAUGGGCGUGAACCUGUUUACUUAGAUUGGGAAGUUGUUAGUUCUAAGACUAAAACCAAAGAUUUUCAUAAAGAAUAUGUCCCACAAUAUAUUUACAGAGAUCCACCAAAAGAGAAAAAAGAUGAAGAAGGUAUCGACCUUGACGAAACAAUACCAAAUUUGAUUGCUGCAGGUGCUAUUGUGGGUACUGUCAUUGCAGCUUUUAUUGAUAGUCGAAGAAAAAAAUAG